GAUCAAACUUUACUAACGCCUCCCUAUGGCCAUUGUCCUAAAUACCCUUUCUUCUUCAUCCUAUCUUGAUUGUUUGCCAGCUGAAUAUUACCUCCUUUUCCUCUACUUUUUAUUCUCUUUCCCACUUAGAAAUUCUUUCUUUCCCAUCCUAUAUUAUCGUAUUCCUCUUAUCUUUAUCUGGUUGAGAAGGGGAAAAAUCUAUUGGGGCCUUCAGGGUUUUCUUGAUUUCACCAAGCUGUACCCUAAGGCUCCAAUUGUUCAUGAGAAGAUUUGAGGGAAGUGGAAGUAAUGCAUAUAGAGUUUGAAUGUUGUUUUGCUACAUUGUUAGGCCAAGUUGUAAUUUAUCCCGGUGUUAGUCAAGAGUUCAUAGCUUUUGGAGCUUUAGAAACAUCAGCAAUUCAGACUUCAGGAUUUCAUCUUCUUGGUGCAAGCGUUGGUAUUGUUGAGAUGCCAUAGGUCCUAAGCAACACUUGAUCUAAGUAGAUAAGCAAUGGAAUCAGAACGUGGGAGUGGAAAUAGUAAGCCACCACCAACGAUGCAUACAGAGAAUUCUCACGAUGAUGGCGAUCCAGUUGUCAAAGGAAAAACCUCGCGCUCCUCCUCCUCUUCCUCUUCUUCAUCUGCUUCAUCUUUCGAUCCUUUAACUGACUCGGACGAUGGUGAAAAGGAAAUUCCUAAUGCCUCCAUCACCAAAUCGGAACAGAGUAGCCCUAUUUUUCUGGGACCCGGGGUUGUCACAUUGCCUGAAAAUCCUGCUCAGACGCCAGAAUGGAGCAUGAUAAGUGCAUCGCCAAGGGCUGGAUCGGGACUCUUGUUGUCACAAGAACUUUUUCCUCAGAAUCCAGAGUGGAGCAUGCUUACUGCCCCACCGAAGCAAUUCCCUCCUGUACAAACAAUGGGGCGGCCUGGCACUGGCACUGGCUAUGACCCUAAUAGAAUUCCAACUUCCAUUUUUGCUCCCAAACCCGCCAAUCCUAUGGAAUGGAGUGUUGCUUCGAACGAGUCGUUGUUUAGCAUCCACAUGGGCAAUAACAGUUUCUCCAAAGAUAAUGCUAUUCUUAUGGGUAAGUCGCAAGAACUUGGCAAGGCUGAUGACUUUAUCUAUUUGACAUCGACCCAGAAACCAGUUACUGAAGCUAAACCAGAUGAGUUCAAUAACUCUUCGUCUCCAUUGCCAACUGUAAUUGAAGUAGCGGCUGAAAAUCAUAGGAAGAGUGAUAUGAAAGAGUCUGGAGUAAAAGAAGUAGCAGAUGAAAAGCCAAAGGUGGUUAUGAAGGAAACAGCAAAAGACAAUAGUAAGGAAAUCACGCCUCCUGCUGAGGGGGUCCGAAUCUCGAAUAAUGGCUCUAACGUGUCCGAUGGUAAAGAAACGCCUCAUGCUGAUGGUGCACGUAAUUCAAGUAGCACUGCUCGCCUUUCUGAUGAGAGUGGUGCCAGCAGCAGUUCUUUCGCGUUCCCAGUAUUCACGGGUGAAGGUGGAACAAGUGCCUCGGUUAGGGUGGCUCCUGAAAAUUUGCAGCAAAAGCCUCCUGAGAAACCACAGCCACAGCCACAGCCACAGCCACAGUCACAGUCACAAGCCCAGGACGUGAACCUCCCAAAAACUGCUGAAACAAGAUGGUUCCCUUGCUUCACUUGUCGAUUGCCCUGCUUUUGAGAGUUUAUUUGGCCAUUUUCUUGUUCUAUGAUAAUCACUAAACGGUUCCCCCUUCACUCAAAAUGCCUUGGCGAAAGCAAAACUGUGCCCCAGCCUUGAAAACGGUUUAUUGCAUCUUUUUCAAGCAUAAUGAGUCGAAUCCCAAUGAAGUUGCAGAGUUGGCUAUGAUUCUGUAUCUAUGUUGGCUCGUACAAUUACGUUUGGCAUGUAUGGUUCAAACUUCAAAGACACACGGUGGUAUUAAAUGUGAAGGAUGAAAUACAUUUUCGAGCCGAUUAGUGUAAAUCUGCCUGAUAUUUGUUCUCCAUGUAGUCUAGCUAAUGUUACCAGUCGUCGGUCCAUUCGUCUUAGUUUGUAAUCUGUAAUUUAUGAUUUCUGAUGGAGCUUUUAACCAGUGAACAAGUACGGUUGUGCUGCAGUCUUUGACCCUUUAUUUCGAUUUCUUCGUUAAUUCUCAUUUGGUCAUUCUGCUGGAUAAGUGAAAUGAAAUUCUUUUUACUCU